GGAAGGGAGACCAAACUGAAAGGCUCUCAGACUAGCAAUGCGAUGGCGGAUCUGUAAACACUAGUCUGUGCUCUGUGCCUGUUAUCCUUUUUGCCCCUAGCGACUCACCACGCCCUCUCACCACACAAUACUACAGUUAAGAUGGGUCGACUGAAACACUGUGUUGCUGUGAGGCUCUGCUGUGUUCUGGGUCCUGGUGCCUGAGGAGCGGGGGAGGAGGAGGAGGAGGAGGGGGGGCAAGAGAGCUGCUGCUGCCACGAUGGGCCAGAAUCUCUGUUGUCCGAAGAAGGGGCAGCCCCCCCCGCCCCACCAGCCCUUCAUGGACUUUGGUAAGGCUGACGGGGCUGCCAUGACGCCGCCUCACGGUGGGGGAGGGGGUGGACCAAACCCCCGCUACUACCCUGAGCCGGCCAGAGGGUCCCGCCCCGCCUAUAACUCACAACAGCAUGGCGUUGACGUUAUCAGGUCCAACUCAGGCCAAGGUCUUCCCACACACGGCUGGAAUCAACACGGUGGACACAUGCGGAUGAGGAAAGAGUCAGUGCGGUACUCCCAGCGUUGGUCCCCCGCACUGCAAGAGCCUGGGACGCCCUCCACUCCCUCCAGGGGCGGCCGCAUUGUGCUGGCUAUGUACACUUUCCAGGGGAGGAGUAAUGGAGAGCUGUCAUUUGAGAAGGGAGACCGGAUGGAGAUUAUCAAUGACUCAGACGCUGACUGGUGGCUGGCCCGACACUUAACUCGGCUCAUAGAAGGAUACAUACCCAAGAACUAUGUCGCCUCAGCCUCGUCGCUGGAGUGUCAGGAUUGGUAUUUCGGCAAGAUAGCGCGCAAGGAGGCUGAGAAGCUACUAAUGGCCAGGGGGAACUUGCGAGGCACUUUCCUCAUCCGAAUGUCCGAGCAGACCAGCCACGGGUACUCCCUUAGCAUACGGGUGAGUGCUACUACUACUACUGCUACUACUACUGCUACUGCUCUCAGUCAUCCUGUCAAUCACAACAUCACCUCCAUUCUUAUACAGCUCAUAUGCACUCCGCACAUCCUCUACCAGUCUCUCAUUCAGGUGCUCCACAGCAUGCACACCCCCAUCAUCCCAGCUUCUUGCACUCAGAUCCACCUGGAAGUUUUCCCACCCUACAUCUCUCACUCUUUCACCCAUGACAGUCAUGUACACCACCACCAGAACCAUCUUCUCCACUCUGCCCCGACCAUCUGUGCACUCCACUCUCACUGCCAACACAUCCUCACUGCUCUCACACGUUCCCACACCAAGCUCCUCUACUUUCAGUCCACUUUCUUUCCUAUAGAGAAAGGCUACGCCUCCUCCCUGUGUCUCCUGAGUCUUACGUCCCUUCCCAAUCAUAGCAAACUCACAUCCUUCCAUUUGUACCUCACCUCUCAGGUGCGUCUCUGUAAGCCCGACUAUGUCGAACUUCCAUUCCUGGAGCUCCCUGGAAAUAUCCUCAAACUUACCCACACCCCAUCCUCUCACAUUCAUGCAUCCAAUCCUCACACUCUCACUUGCCUGGCUGGUGUCUUCUUCCUGGCGUGCUUUUGUCGUCUCCCGUCACUGGUCCAUCGGCUGCAGCGACCUCGCCUCACCCACUCACACAGCCGUCGACCUAUCCUGGCAGUCCCUGCGUUGUUCAGCAUCCCGUCCUCCAUGCUGGCUGCUUCCUCCUCCACUUUCUUCCUGAUGUCCGUGAUCUUGGCACCACUCAGGCUGGUGCAGCCACUCCCUCUCAUCCUGCACUUCACUUGGCUGGACAUCGUCUUCACCAUGCUGUCUCCAAUAAUUCUGAUUGGCGCCUUCUUCUUCCUCAUUUUCAUGGGGUCACAGAAGUACAUGAGGUUGUCGUUGACUAGUGCCUUGGUGCUGGACUUGAAUCCAACACAAGCCAUAUGGUACCAGACCUCACACCCCUCACACACCACUGCACUCACCCUGACAGCCAAGGCUUCACCACACACGCCACAGUUGCACACAGGCAUCUUGUACAUACAAGACAUCCACACAGGUUUCUCAUUUCUCCAACCCCCUCCAGAGAACCACUAUGGGCUCGCGUGUCUCCUGCAGUACCCAUGCCCCCGCCCACAGCCUCAGAAGUGGGACCUUUAGGAGACUAAAGACCAGUGGGAGAUUGAGAGAACGGCCCUCACUAUGAUUAAAAAACUGGGUCAGGGAUCGUUUGGGGAGGUGUGGUAUGGCAUGUGGAACAAUUCUAAUGAGGUGGCGAUCAAAACUCUGCGUCAGGGAGCCAUGAGUCCUGAGGCAUUCCUGGAGGAAGCAAGGAUUAUGAAACAACUUAGACACAGAAACAUACUGGUGUUGUAUGCAGUGUGUACGAAGGAGGAGCCCAUCUUGAUAGUGACAGAGUACAUGUGCAAUGGUGCCCUUCUCGACCUUCUCAGAAACGAAGGAGAACGAAACCUCAAGCUCAAUGACCUUAUCUACGUCGCCACACAGGUAGCAGCAGGGAUGGCGUACCUGGAGAGCCUGCUACUGCUUCACCGAGACCUGGCGGCGAGAAACGUGCUGGUCGGCGAGUCCCUCUUGUGCAAAGUGGCUGACUUCGGGCUGGCCAGGAUAGUGGAGGGUGAAGACUACUGCCCCAGCACUUGCAACAAGUUCCCAGUGAAGUGGACCGCUCCAGAAGCUAUGUUGUUCAACCGGUUCACCAUUAAGAGUGACGUGUGGUCCUUUGGGGUGCUCCUAAUGGAAGUCAUCACCUAUGGAGCCAACCCUUAUCCUGGCAUGAACAACCGAGAGGUGAUAGAACGGGUGCAGUCGGGUUACCGCAUGGCCAAGCCCCCGCGGUGCCCUGAAGAGCUGUACAAGGUGAUGCUACACUGCUGGAACAAGGAACCAGACCUGCGACCAACGUUUGACUUCCUACACCACUUCUUUGACGACUUCCAAGUGUCUUCAGAGGUGCCCUAUCGCGACAUUCAUGAUUAGACUCCACUGCUCCUACUACUGCUGCUGCCGCUGCUACACUACUUCUACUGCUGCCACUACUAUUACUAUUACUACUACUACUACUGAUAAUACUCUCUUUCUUUCUUUCUCUCUUUCUCUCUCUGUCUGU